AUGAAAAAAAAAAACAUUGGCAUUUAUUAUGAGCCUUGAAGAACCGAAUUUUCGUCUAGUUUUAUCAUACACAUUUUAGCAAAUGUUAAUUUUUAGCCCUUAACGUAGUUGACAUUUCGGGAAAAUGUAUGAUUCAGCAUCUAUUCAGAAAUGCGUCGAAGAACUCGUACGACUUGUUGAAUGUAUUUCCGGUAUUUCGUUGACUAUCAAAAUUUAAUUCUUUUGUUAUUUGUUCAAGGUUCUGCAUUCAAUUCAAGAAAGUGCUACAUGCAUUGCUGUACGCCUUGAUUGGACAAAUCGAUGCUUACAGGUUGUCAACAAUGGAAAAGGAACUGUAUUGACAGAAAUUCACCAAUUAUGCUCAAGGUUCUGUUUGCUGGCUUCAAUCAAGAAACAAAGUAGAGGAAUUUUUAGCAAGUAAUCAUCUUGAAGAAGCUCUCUAUAUUGCUGGUCAAAACUGUAUGUCUAUUGACAUAGAGAGCCAACCAAAAUGUUCCAGUUCCUCUUACAAAAGGUGUUUCCAAAAAGGGGCUUGGUCUAACAUUGAAUGUAUUGGAAAUAGGUCAUCGUCAGGCACAACAAUAUCUGUCUAUGACUUUUGUUGGUCAGAGCCAGAAGAAGAAACAAACGCCAAUCUUUUUUGCUCAUCACUAAAGAAACUUAUUGCAAGUUUCUUUUUGCUACAUCCCUACAUAUCAUUUUCGCUACGGUAUGAUUCUUCAAAGCCACCCCUUCUCCAAACAAAAAAAGAGAAAAACACAAUACUUGCGGCUCAACAGCUGUUCCGAUUAGAAAACUGUAAAGGCAUAUUACCCUUUUGUGGCCUAAGUUGCCAUUUCAAAAUUAAAGGCCUUCUUGUACCGGAUUUGGAUAAGCGCUAUUGGUUUAUGUUUGUUAACAGUCGGCUGGUUGAAUCCAGUGAAGUUUUCAAUUUCAUCACGUCGGUUUUGUUUGAUGUGUCUUCGAACAAAGGACAACAGUAUUCUGUUGUCCUGAACAUUAAGUGUUCGCGUGCAGUAUACAAAUCUGCAAUUUCAUCGAAGGGUGAAAGAAAAGUUAUCUUUUCACACAGGAAUGAGUUAUUGUCAUUGAUUCACAGCUCGCUGGAUAAGUUUAUUUCUCACGCUCCCUUGAAAAAGACAGCCUUAGUUGUGAGUUGGCUCGCAACUGCAUACAACGAGGAUUUAAUCAGCUCAAAAAGUCUCCUCACUAUAGAUGAUUGCAACUCAAACGAACCACCGCAAAAUAAAACAAAUGUGAUAACCUCAAGAAUCUCAUCACCCUUGCCAUGUGAAACAAAUCUUUUACCACUCACGCAGUAUUAUGGCAAAAUCACGAAUUCAGUUCCGUUUCCGUUCGUUAGCCAUGCGAUAGAAGAUUUUGAAAUGCGGAUUAAACAAUCUCCACAUUUGGUACAAUCGUUUCCUUCAUCAUCUCUGUUGAGCCCAAACCACCUGACGCAGUUGUGGGAAGAAGAUGAGAAAAUGGCAGAAGACCGUGAGUUGCACCAAAUCCAGCAACCCUGUGAUAAGGCAGCCAAUGGCUUCCCAUUCCAUGCAGAAACAAAAAACAGCAAAAUUCAAGAAAAGUCUCCUAAACGCUUAGGUCUCAAAAGAAGACAAUUUUCUCCAGAUGACGGGUCUCAUUGUAUUCCUAAGAGACGGUUCAACAUUGGACAGUUUUGGAUUCAACCGAAAUUACCACCCAAUAUAGCCGCCGCAAACCUAAAUAGAUUACUGGCAACAGCAUUGCAAAGGCAAUGCAAAUUUACAAGAGAUGCCAUGAGCAACAUUCGCGUAAUCAAUCAAGUUGAUAAAAAAUUUAUUUGCUGCGUAACACAAGAGGAAGACAAGCGUUAUCUCGUACUUGUUGAUCAGCAUGCGGCCCAUGAGCGAAUCUGCUUGGAAAGGCUUUUGCAAAUUCAUUCGACCAAGAAUGACGACGGCUAUGUUCUGGUCCAAUCUUCACCAAUUCAGCCACAUCUCUCGUUGUCUUUUCAUUCGCGAGACCUGGAGAUAAUUCAAAAAUUAAGUGUUGAGUUUACUCGUUACGGUUUGCAUAUGCAGAUCAGUGAUUCCACUGUGGUAGUAACGCGUGUUCCAGCUUGUUUUUUGGCAAGAGAAAUCAAUGAGGUUCAGAGAAAACGAAAUUCUUUGUACAAGGACUUGGUAAUGGCACUGAUUGAAGAAACAAUUUCCGAAUACACGAAGAAUGGAAGACUUAGCACCUGCGUAUUACCAGUACAAAUUCGGAAUGUUUUAAACUCUUUGGCAUGCCACGGAGCAAUCAAGUUUGGUGAUGAGCUUUCGUUGCUGCAAUGCACUCAAUUGGUGAGAGCGCUAGGCCAAUGUGACGUGCCCUUCCAGUGUGCUCAUGGACGACCUCUCCUAGCACCAAUACUUGAGCUCGGGGAACUUAAUGCAUUGGUUCCUUUCGAAAUGACGCCAAACACUGUUAAACCAAAGUAUGCCCGUUUGCGCGAUUAUAAUUUGAGGUUAUCAUAGAAAGUUAUUCUUCAGUUCUGUUCCUGUUUCGUGGAGACGAGAAAGUUAAAAUCGAAUUUGUUAUUUCCCGCAAGGCUAUUGAAAAUAAUUGUAAAAUUCCAUUUGACUUUUUUUUUUAAAUUUCAUCACCCAUUAGUUAUGGCAAAGUCAAUAAAAUUGUACUUAAAACAGAA